UAAAUUGGAGGCAACGGAGCCGAAUGUCAGUACUGUUACUGGAGCUACGGGAGGAGGACUCGCCAUGGCGCCAUGGAUAUAUUUAUUCACUAUUAUCGCCGUCUGCGAUUUAUUUAUAGCCCCAACCCUUGCUCAGACAAGCACUACCGACUACACCUCCACAGCCAGUUCUUUAAGCACUUUAUCCACAGUAAGUGACACAGUGACCACAGCCUCACAAUCAUCAAAUGCAACUGAGACUACAACAUUGACUUCGGCAGUGACCUCCAGUUCUACUGUUGAUUCUUCUUCCAUUACUGACACACCCACAGCCAGUACUUCAAAAACCACAUCCUCACAAUCAUUGAGUACAGUUGAAGUGACAACAUUGUCCUUGGCAGUUACUACCAGUGGUGCAGUAACAUCUUCUGUCUCUUCUGAAACACCCACUGCCAGUUCUUCCAACCCUUUAUCCACAGUAAGUGACUCGGUGACAACUACCACACCCUCACAAUCAUUGAGCACAACUGCAGUUACAACAUCAUCCUCGGAAGUUACUUCCAGUGCUGCGGUCACAUCUUCUGUCUCUACUGACACACCCACUGCCAGUACCUCCAACCCACUGUCCAGUGCUGCGGCCACAUCCUCUUCCCUUACUGACACACCCACUGCCAGUUCCUCCAACCCUCUGUCCAGUGCAGCGGCCACAUCCUCUUCCCUUACUGACACACCCACUGGCAGUUCCUCCAACCCUCUGUCCAGUGCUGCGGCCACAUCCUCUUCCCUUACUGACACACCCACUGCCAGUUCCUCCAACCCGCUGUCCAGUGCUACGGCCACAUCCUCUUCCCUUACUGACACACCCACUGCCAGUUCCUCCAACCCGCUGUCCAGUGCUGCGGCCACAUCCUCUUCCCUUACUGACACACCCACUGCCAGUUCCUCCAACCCGCUGUCCAGUGCUGCGGCCACAUCCUCUUCCCUUACUGACACACCCACUGCCAGUUCCUCCAACCCGCUGUCCAGUGCUGUGGCCACAUCCUCUUCCCUUACUGACACACCCACUGGAAGUUCCUCCAACCCUUUGUCCAGUGCUGCGGCCACAUCCUCUUCCCUUACUGACACACCCACUGGAAGUUCCUCCAACCCUCUGUCCAGUGCUGCGGCCACAUCCUCUUCCCUUACUGACACACCCACUGCCAGUUCCUCCAACCCGCUGUCCAGUGCUGCGGCCACAUCCUCUUCCCUUACUGACACACCCACUGGAAGUUCCUCCAACCCUUUGUCCAGUGCUGCGGCCACAUCCUCUUCCCUUACUGACACACCCACUGGCAGUUCCUCCAACCCUCUGUCCAGUGCAGCGGCCACAUCCUCUUCCCUUACUGACACACCCACUGGUAGUUCCUCCAACCCGCUGUCCAGUGCAGCGGCGACAUCCUCUUCCCUUACUGACACACCGACUGCCAGUUCCUCCAACCCUCUGUCCAGUGCAGUGGCGACAUCUUCUUCCCUUACUGACACACCGACUGCCAGUUCCUCCAACCCUCUGUCCAGUGCAGCGGCGACAUCCUCUUCCCUUACUGACACACCCACUGCCAGUUCCUCCAACCCGCUGUCCAGUGCAGCGGCGACAUCUUCUUCCCUUACUGACACACCGACUGCCAGUUCCUCCAACCCUCUGUCCAGUGCAGCGGCGACAUCCUCUUCCCUUACUGACACACCCACUGCCAGUUCCUCCAACCCGCUGUCCAGUGCAGCGGCGACAUCUUCUUCCCUUACUGACACACCCACUGCCAGUUCCUCCAACCCUCUGUCCAGUGCAGCGGCCACAUCCUCUUCCCUUACUGACACACCCACUGCCAGUUCCUCCAACCCUCUGUCCAGUGCUGCGGCCACAUCCUCUUCCCUUACUGACACACCGACUGCCAGUUCCUCCAACCCUCUGUCCAGUGCUGCGGUCACAUCCUCUUCCCUUACUGACACACCCACUGCCAGUUCCUCCAACCCUCUGUCCAGUGCAGCGGCCACAUCCUCUUCCCUUACUGACACACCCACUGCCAGUUCCUCCAACCCUCUGUCCAGUGCUGCGGCCACAUCCUCUUCCCUUACUGACACACCGACUGCCAGUUCCUCCAACCCUCUGUCCAGUGCUGCGGUCACAUCCUCUUCCCUUACUGACACACCGACUGCCAGUUCCUCCAACCCUCUGUCCAGUGCUGCGGCCACAUCCUCUUCCCUUACUGACACACCCACUGGCAGUUCCUCCAACCCGCUGCCCAGUGCUGCGGCCACAUCCUCUUCCCUUACUGACACACCCACUGCCAGUUCCUCCAACCCGCUGUCCAGUGCUGCGGCCACAUCCUCUUCCCUUACUGACACACCCACUGGAAGUUCCUCCAACCCUCUGUCCAGUGCUGUGGCCACAUCCUCUUCCCUUACUGACACACCGACUGCCAGUUCCUCCAACCCUCUGUCCAGUGCAGCGGCCACAUCCUCUUCCCUUACUGACACACCCACUGGAAGUUCCUCCAACCCUCUGUCCAGUGCUGCGGCCACAUCCUCUUCCCUUACUGACACACCGACUGCCAGUUCCUCCAACCCUUUGUCCAGUGCUGCGGCCACAUCCUCUUCCCUUACUGACACACCGACUGCCAGUUCCUCCAACCCUCUGUCCAGUGCUGCGGCCACAUCCUCUACGCUAACUGACACAACUACUACCAUAAUAACAAGCACUACUACUUCUGCAACAACAACAGUUGCAGCAUCCCAAAUUACCUCAGAUGUGACAACAAGUUUGAGUACAGCCAGCACACCAGGAAUAACCACAUCUACAACCACAAUAUCCACUACCACUGUGGCACCAUCAACAACUGAAAUAUCUUCAGCAAGCACCACUAGCACUGCAUCAACAACUACCACAGCUCUGGCACCAUCAACAUCAACAAUGACUCAGUCAGCCCCAACUACCACUGCAUCAACAACUACCACAGCUCUGGCACCAUCAACAUCAACAAUGACUCAGUCAGCCCCAACUACCACUGCAUCAACAACUACCACAACUGUGGCAUCUACAACGACUGAAUCAUCCACUACUACCUCGACAACCACAACGACUACAACCACUGCAGCACCUUCCAUUUGUGCACAAGCAACCGUUUCUGUGACCCUGGCUAAAGUGGCGAGUGAUGAAAUCCAGCUCAUGGCAAAUGGUCAAGGAGGUCCAAGUGGAGCUCAGUUCAAUGUGAUUGUAUCAUCUAGCAGUUCGGUUGCCCAGCAGACAACAACUUCUAAUUCGAUCCUUACAUUCUCCAGCCUUCUUCCAUCGACUCAAUAUAAUGUGACUGUUCAGCAACUGUCUUGCCCAACGAAUGCCGACUCUAUCACCAGUGUUACCACUGUGGGCCGAAUCUUCGCUGCAGAAUGCCGAAUAACUAACACCGUAUACGAGAAGGAUUUUGAAGAUAAAACUAGUGCAAAGUUCCAAGAAUUUGCAAAGAACUUCACGGAUGAUGUGUCGAAGAAUUUCGAUCCUGUUAGCAAGGCCAUGUAUAAGGCUGGGAAGAUGCGAUUGACUGUAACAAGUCUCAGGAACGGGAGCGUCGUGGUUGACUUUAACAUAGUCACAGACGUGGCAGAAAAUCUGACGGCGAGCGGCGUGUCCCAGAUCUUCACCGACGCGCUCAGUAACAGCACCACGCUGACCGUAGACCCAAAGUCUUACAGUUUUAAAGUUCAAAAUGCCUGCGACGCUGGAGUAAAUCCCUGUUCUCAGUAUGCAACCUGCAUUUCUAUAAAUGGGGUCGCUUCUUGCAGUUGCAAUGCAGGGUUUAAUGACACCAGCCCGGCCGUUCCUGGACAAAUCUGCGUAGAUAUAAAUGAGUGUGCUGCUAGUUCCAGCCCUUGUUCAGCAUUGGCAUCAUGCACUAAUACCAUAGGUAGUUACCAAUGCCAAUGCUACCCAGGCAUAACAGAUGGGAACUCCUCCAAUCCUGGACACCAAUGUGUUGACCCAGUCUUAUGCUUCAACAGCACCGUAUUCUGCUCUCAGACUUCUGCUUGCCUUGAAACCAAAGCUACAAUCUGUGCCAAUAAUCAGGCAAUUCCUUGUGCAGUGAAGAUCAACGACUGGACUUUUACAACAGACCUUUACAACUCAUCCAGCAGUGCCUAUGCAACUAAAGCACAAAACAUCACUACUACUCUGGUAACUACAUUGAGAUCAGAACUAAAUGACCAAACCUUUAAUAUCACCAUGGUUGGCUUUAGGCCAGGGAGUGUCAUUGCCUACUUUAUGUCUACGACCCAGUCAGGAACUACCUUGGAUCCCAACACAUUCCAGGAUAUUCUCAUUGCAGCAGUAAGGUACAGGAUAUCCUCUAACAUUACAAACUUGGUGGUGGCAAGCAGUACAACAACAUCUACAUCAACAACAACCACAACAUCUACAUCAGCAACAACCACAGUUGCCGGAAGCAACGUGAUCGUGGACUAUUCGUGGCGAACGGCUACUAUUGUGAUUGGUGUGCUUCUGGGGGUUGCUUUGCUCCUGGGCGUGGUGGCUGUGGCUGUAUGUCUUUACUCAAAGAAUAGGAUCGGUAGCUACAAACCCAGCAUCGGCGAGGCGAUCAGAAGCUUUACUUAUAAUCACAUCUAAGUGCCGAUGCUACCGCAGCCAUAAAUGUAUUUAUUACGUAUCUCUAAUCAAAUAUAUAAUAUAUAUAUAUCUAAUAUGAAAUUAAUGUCGAAAACGAGAAAGAGAGUCAUUUCUCUUUUCCAAAUACGUUUUGAUGUGCAGUGGUUUCUGCCCGCUUGGGUUGUUGUAACCUUGCAGAACACAGGCUUGAGUGCUGGCAACUCAAUGCAGCUCGAAGAAACACCAAGUCUUCCUUGGCACGGAUACCUAUAUAUGCACAAGAGGGAUACACGGUGGUGGCUAAGUACAGCCCCAGUGGCAAGGACACCACAAACGUAGCAAUAAAGCUAUUGUAAUUUCCUUUAUUUUGCACUUUAACCCAAAGCUCUUAUAUUUUAUUUGUAUGACUCUUCUUUACCUCUAAAUACACUGCAUUUUCUUCCUUGGCCUCAACCACCCAUAGAGGGACCACGUAAUUGUGGAACAGUCAUAUGGUGCAUUUCUUGCCACGAACGAGUUACCAGGGUAACCCACCAAAGUUCUCCAAUAAAUUAUAAAAAUGCACUUUGGACUUCAUCGCCAUCUUGGUUAGAGAUGAGUCUUCUUGCCUAUUGCAUUGGCCAGACGCCAACGCUCUUCGUGGUCAGAUGAUCCUUUCUGGCUCUUGAGUUGUUCUUUGAUAUUAUAUUUGAUCGUAUAAAAUCUGAAAAUCCUCUCGUCCGUAUUCUUUGCACUUUAAUUCAUAGUAAUAGCAUAGUAAAGGGUGGGAUUUCAAUCCAAAUACACUGAAGUAAAGCUCUAUUUGUAUUGGUUGCUUGUGUUUUCCACCUCAUUUUCCUGUUGAUGGUCUUGAAGAGAAGUCAUACCAAACCCUUAUAUCAUAUAAUAUCAUGUAUAUGUUACCUUCCUCUCAUAUAGAUUUAAUUGUGAUCACAUUCUGUUUAAUCCACAUGAUCCUGAACAAUGUAUGUUAUCUUGUAUUAAUUUAUAGGAAGUAUUAAACUAUUUAUUAUGUACAAA